UAUAUAUAUAUACACACACACACACAUCAUAUCAAUCCCAAGUACUGGUGCCAGCAAAACAGACCGAAAGUGGUAAAUUUGGGAGCGGAGGAGAGUCAGUGAACAUAACCUCCGAUGCACCAAGGAUACUAAGGAGGCCAUAAAUAACACCAUCAAUCAUGACAGACCUACUGAUAGGCUUAUCAACAUCACCGACGUUUAGUCCUAAAACAGAAGUAGUAUUUCGUGCUCCCGGUGGCGCCGGUCAGCUGUUUCGUAAUUCCGAAAUGAGACAUUCGCGUAGCGAGGAUUUGCUCGGGCCGCCAACUCGUACGCCUUCUCCGCCAGCUACGAUACUUGCUGCUGCAGCUUCGGAAGAUGAUCUCGUUGCCGCGAGUGCAUUGAGUGCUGGUGCAAGUGCGAAUAGCAAACCAAGCUAUAGCUUGUUAACGCCAAGACCUCCUGGCUCGCCUCACAUGAAUCCUGACAGAGUCGACCCUGAAGAUUCUAUCAGAGAUAUCGUCACGGAGAAUGACCUUUAUAGGUUUGUCCUGUUCAAAAGGCACUACGACAAAUAUGUGGCGCUGGCCGCCAGAUACGAAGAGGCAAGGGGUUUGGCAUACUACCUCGAAGAACGCUAUCACGAAGUCAAGGCGGAACGAGAUAAAUUGGAAGAAACUCGGCAGAAACUGGAACGUCGUUUGGAAGGUUGCGAAGCUGAAUUGAAAGACAAAGAAGAAGAACUAUUUCUUCAAUUGGAACGUAGUUUACGUUUGGAAGACGAAGUCGAACGUACAAAACAAGACCGUGAAGCUUGUAUAGCUGCACGCGAACGUUUGGAGAGAGAGCAAGAAUCGGCGCUGAGACAGUUGCAAAUGCAAGCGGCGCAGAAUGAAAUCACACGUAGAUCACUGGAGAGAGCAAGGCAAGAAGUCGUCAGGCAAGCUACUGCCAUUCGCGCUGAACGCGAUGCUUUGGAAAGAGAGAACGAAGAGUUGAAGGAAAAAUUGCGCUUGGAGCAGGACGAACUUGGCGAGGAAAGACGACGUAACGAGGAAGGCGUUGCAGCAUUAACACAUGAAGCUGCGACUCUGAGACACGCUGCCAGACACCUUCGUGCCGCUGCUCUACACGCGACAUCGUGCCGCAGGCGACGCAGGUGCUCGAUUUGCCUCUACGCUAGACGCACUUUCCAGGAUGUCGAUGACUACCGCGACGAUAGCAAAUUAUUCAAGUGCCUGCAAGCUCCACUACAAGAUCUACGCACAUGGCUAAGACCAGCAACACCAGCAGCAUUACCACCUUUACGUACGAGUUCACCACUGGAACGCGGAGUUGAUGGUUAUAUUGAUGACUCGGACGAGUGCUCCGAGGAUGAAGCGUACUCCAACAAUCAACACAACGAGGUUUCUCUCUCGUCUACUGCCUCGAGUGCGCCGCCUACUGCUCGAGCUUUCUCCUCUGACUCUGGGUUCUCCUCGGAAACAGGCGACCGUCGCUCGCGCUCCUACGAAUGUGGCAGUCGAAAGAUCAGCGAGUCGUCGAACAGCGAACCUGGUGACGCAGCAAUCCAACGCAACGGUACCUUCGUACGAUCAAGGUGGACUUCAUCUUUCCGCAAGCUCCUUGGUCGCAAACCUAAGUCAAAAUCAGAACAGGCUUGAAAAAUGGCAUUGUAGAGAUUGUCUAUCUAGUUUUUCUUUCGUGGAGAGACAUUUAAAUUUGAUGCGAGACGAUUGGAUCUUACUUCGUGCCUUCGAUAACUUUAUUCAUGUGGCCAAAUGCGAGACUUUUGGUUUGUACGAAAAAUGAUCUUUCUUUUUUAAUCUAGAGGUGCGAAGUUUCUUGUUUAGAUGAAGAUACGUUUCUUGUUUCAACUUUUAUUUUCAAAUUUUUCGUGUCGUUAUUCAACUGUAUUACUUAGUACCAUAAGACGGUUCAUUCACGAACAUAUCGACAAUGUUUGGAAGAGUUCAAAUAAAAAUGUUUAUUGAAUAACAUAUACCGACGUAAAUAUGUUACAUUAGGUUAUAAGAAUUUUAUUUUUUAAAGUUGUUCUCUGUGAAAAUGACACAUGAAUUUAUAAAUAAGAUAAAUUAAUAUAUCAUUUAUAAUCGAAACCUAUAUAUAAACUUUCUGUAAGAUGAAAUUACUAAAAAAUUGUGUAACAAUGAUAUUUAACAUUUACAGUAUUUAAAAAGUGUAGUUUUGAAUAAGUAAGAUGUAGGCAUCGUCUCGCAUCAGUUUACUUAAUAUCUCGUAAUAUAAUAGGUCAAAUUAAAUUAAAAAAUCUAACUAGACAUAAAGCAUUCCUAUUAGAUUCGUUUCAAAAACGAAAAAUAUGAAAGUUCAAUUAUCCAAAAGACCUGCUUUCAUUUACUCUGUUUCAAUGUUUGACUACUAACGUUUUAUGUUCUGAAGCAACUGUGAUAACAUACGAGAUCGCUGUGCCGAAAGAAAACUUAUCAAGAGAUUUUGUAAAUGAGAUCUUUCAUAAAAACGGUGAUUACGAACGUGAUCUUAUGAUUGUAUGAAGUUUCAAAAGAAAAUAGAUCGAGAUAAACGACACAAUUUCAUGCAUUUCACAAGAUGUUGAAUAAGACUUAUUAAGAAAUCGUUCAAAAUGUGUACGGAAAAAAAAUUGAUUUCCAAAAAUCAAUGUGACGUGUUGAUGAAGACAAUUUCUUUACAGUUUUGGCAAUUGUUUAUUUUAUUAUUGCUCAAUAAACCUCGCACAGUAUCUAGUUUUGUGUUAAAAAACAAUAAAAACUAAAUUUCUCCAAAGCACAUCAUAAACUAAACUGCCAGCUACCUUUUUAUGAAAACUAGGUCAAUUGAAUUUUUCUUUUCGUUGACGAAUAUUGAUGUGAAAAUAUAUUAGCAAAAUUGUAGAAAAAUAGUUUACGUAAAUGAAUCAAUCAAAAGAUUGCAAUUUGAGAAAUAGCAAAAUAUAAAUCUUAUAGUGUAGUGUAAAUCAUAAUAAGUGUAUUCAUAAGAAGACUGUUAUGUUCAGAGUAAAUCACGACGAAGAAGUACUUAAAACAUAGUUUUACUUAUAAAUACUUAUAUACAUAUAUAUUUAUUGAAAUGAUAUCGUCAUUUUUUACUUGAAACAUUUUCCAUUUAAAUUGCUUUCUUUUCAUCUACCAUUAACAUUAUCAUUUAAAAAAAUGAUGGUACCACAAAUAUCAAUGACUUAAGAAAUUUAAGAAAACGUGAGCUUUUCACAUCGACUAUAGUUUACCUGUUACAAUUAAAUUACUAUACUUAUGGUAACUAAAAUCACCAGAGCCUUGAACAGCAAAGAAUACGAUCAUAAGACAACUUUCAAACUCGUGCCUUAUUGCGAGCACUUGUUGAUUACAGUUUUUAAACCCUCGUUUUUAAGAUUUUCAACAUUACUCAACGAAUUAAAAAAAAGAUCAAUAUAUCACUGUAUUCUAUUUAUGUUAAAAUGUGCCUAGAAGAUAAAAUUUAUCAAUGAAGAAUGACUUGUCUAUGACAUAAUUAUCAAAUUAAGAGCAAUAAAGUCAUGGAUCAUUCAUGAAUCAAUAUGAAUACGUAAUUUUCAAAAGUUCAUUAUUAUAUUAUUCAUUGCUAUAAACAAUCAAUUAAAUAAUUAUGUAACUAUAAUAAAAUAUUUUUAAAUAUUUUUAUCGAACAAUCAA